AUGAGCUUCACUCGGUCCGUGUUGAGAGUCGCCCUGCCCCUAUUCGCGGUCUUCCUGGGGAUUCUCUUCUACAACCUCGGGUCCUGGUCGUUUCCAGCCAUUGAAUCAAUCACCUCAUCCACAAGCGCUCACGCAGCUCCGAUCUCUCCCCAUGUGGGCAGUUGGAGUACAUGGUUCCAUCCAUCUCAAUUCAGGCUGGGGACACCCCCCGAGCUGAAGGAGUGGAAUCUCCGUCAUUUGGGAGGGAAUGGGCCGUGGAUUGAGAAUGAUGGAGAUCGGGAGGCGUUGAGUCUUGCGCCUCCUGAGGGAUACUCGAUUGACCAAGUGCAUUUGAUGGCUCGCCAUGCAGAACGAUAUCCCACCAAAUCUGCGGGAAACCGUCACCUCAAGUUCCUGGAGCGAGUCAGAGAUGCAGGGCUGUCCCUGAAUGGCUCGCUAGCAUUCCUGAAUAACUGGACCUAUUUCACCGACAACCCUGCGAGGGAUUUCGGGCAGUUGACCAACACCGGUCCCUACGCAGGCACGCUGGGAGCCUUCACGACGGGUGUCCGCUUUCGCACGCGGUAUGGCCAGCUAAUCCCCCCCGAUUCCACCACGCGACUGUGGGCCAGUGACUCGGGACGGGUGAUUGACACGGCCCGCUACUUCGCCUCGGGACUCUUUGGGCUCGACUGGGAAAGAAGCAAAAAGGCAGAGCUGCAGAUCAUCCCAGAGACCGCGGAGCAGGGGGCCGACACCCUCACGCCGGGUGAUACGUGCCACAAGUAUCUCGAGGAUACCGAGCAUGGCCAUGACUACGGCGUCAAUAUGCUGGCACGCUUCCAGGAAGCGUAUAUCCCCGCGAUUGCGGAGCGACUCACCCACCAAGAAGGGAAUGCUGGUCUGGGCCGGCUUACGAACCUGGAGGUGUUUAGCAUGCAGGAGAUGUGUGGGUUUGAGACCAUGGUGCGAGGCUCGAGUCCAUGGUGUGACGUGUUUACCGAAUAUGACUGGCAUCAUUUCGAGUAUGCUCGAGACCUGAUCCACUAUUACCGUGCUGGGCCUGGCAACCCAUACGCGGGCGCCAUGGGAUGGCUCUGGCUGAAUGCCACAACCGCAUUGUUGCGCUCUGGCCCAAAAGCCGGGGCUUUCUUUUUGAGCUUUGUCCACGAUGGGGAUAUCGCCCCAUUUCUCACGGCUCUGGGGCUCUUGUCUGACCUGGACAAUCAUCUCCCAACAACACAUGUGGCGACAGAUCGAGUGUGGCGAACCUCACCCGUUCUCCCCAUGGGCGCAAGGGUCACGCUCGAAAGACUCACUUGCUCGACAAGUGGCGAAGUGUACCUCCGGGUCAAUAUCAAUGACAGGGUCAUGCCGCUUUCAAACUGCCAGUCGGGCCCUGGCAAAUCUUGUCCGCUUGGUGAAUUCGAGGAGUAUGUGCGCCGCCGACAUCAAGAGGUGGGUGAGUUUGGCAAGUAUGUGAUAAUCUCACGUGACCCGUAUCCCGGCGAACGGGUGUUUACCAAAAGUUUUGGAGCCCUCGCCUUCUUCCCUCACUCCACCACCCUCGGCCCUCGUGGUAUAUCAUCGGUCUUUCGUACCGUUUAUUUUGCAACCGCUGCUUUCCUUUUGUUUCUGGUGAUCAUUUCGCGUGAAUCUCGCAAUCCUCGACGACCACCCGAGGAAACAGGGCCCUUUGGCAAGAGGAGGAAUGCACGAUACGACAACGCUCGAUCACGGACACGGACAGGCACACCAGCGAAACGCGAAAACCCCAAUGUGGCCGAAUUUGGGCGGCUGUUUUCCCAGCAGCAGGAAGAGGAGAAGGUACACGGACUACCCAAGUCAUCGUCGUCAUCGAGUCUGGACAACCCCCGGAAGCAAACCGAGAAGGUCGCGACCGAGUGCAUGCUCUACGGAUACAAGGCGAAGGAUUUCGAGUGGAAGGUCAUCGACAAGUACGAGCGCAUCUCGCAAGGCUUGAUCUGCGAGGACUAUCCGCGCAGCGACCCCAACUCGGCUACACAGUACGCACAGCUGCUGAGCGGCGGCGAUGUGGUCAUCCGCGCGAAUUUGUCGGCCGACGCCAACCGCAAAUCGAAGCGCUACGACGGCGGGUUCCACUGGAUCAAAGUCACUUUUGACUCGACCUCGUCUGCCGACCGCGCCUGCUUCUACUCGCCGCAGGAGAUCGACGGGCACAUGGUUUACUGCGAACUCUACCAUGGCCACGGCCCGGCGGAGGAUACGCCCAUCCCGGCUGACUCGGCGGCACCCAACAAGAUUCGCACGAAGACGUCGCGCACAUUGACCACCUCCCACUCCACCGCAUUUCUCUCCAGCAAGGACCAGGACCGGUUGACACUGCCGCGGUCCUUUGCCAUGAAUAACCUGUCAAGCGUCGCCGAUGUUCCCGAGACAGAAGAGGAUCUUUCGAUGGAUUCAUCCACGACCACUGCCACCUCGGCAACCGCCACAGCAACCGGCGUAUCGAGCAGCCUCGACCGCUCGUCCUCCCUCCAUCCACGCAGUGUCCCGACCGCCGAGCCCAAGCCCGAGUCCGAGUUCAUGACGCACAUCCCCACGGUCCGCCGCACUAAGCUUCGCCCCUUGGCCGAAGCGCUUCCCCCGCAGCCCACCCUCACCGAGCGCGUCCUUCGCUCGAUCCCCAUCCUCAGCUGGUUCACCGGCGACAUCGUCGGCGACGGCCCGCAACUGCGCGAGGAUGGUUCCUUCGACUACGACAAGUCAAAUACAUACUGGAGGUUCUGGUAUAUGGUGGACAAGGUCCUGGGCACGGAUAUAUGCGGACUGAACGAGGAGUCUUGA